CAUGUUGGGUUAUUAUAUGUAUUUGUAGCACGGUCAUACCAUUUUGUAAAUUCACAAAUUACUGCAAAUAAAUAUGGAAAAUAUAGAUACGGAACCGAAAGAUGAAGCUACUGCUAAGGAAUCUAUUGCCUUACGGCGGGAACUGCGCAGAAAGAAAAUAUUAGAAGCGUCCAAGUCACGGCUCGACAAAUUGAAUGGCAGAGCCACUACUUUAGAGAGCGAAACCCCAGGAAACACUGAUGAAAGCGCCAACACAACCCAAUAUUCUGAUCCAGAGGUGGAACCUGACAUUCCCAUUCCUCGUCCAUUUCUGCCGGAACAACCUGUGCCCGCAACCAAAGCCAGCGCUCCCUUAGCAAGUGCAUUGCUAAAGACCCGAGUCCACAUUAUCUUGGCCGCAUGCGGUGGCUUCCUAUUGGCGCUGUACGCUAACAGCAGUGUGUUCGUUCCCGUCCUGCUUUUUGUACUAGUGGAACUUGCAUUUUUGCCAUAUCGCAACGGAGAUAAUUUACCGGCCAGCGUGGCUCCGAUGUUACUUUUGUUUGUCCAUCCAAAUAUUAGCAGCAGAAUUAAGCAGUUUAGCAAAUUAUUUGCAAUCCUUCAAUCAUUAUUGGGCGAUUUGGCUAUAACAGUUUGUGUUGUAUGUUCAGGUAGCAUAUUAUUAAAUUUAAGCACUCUUACUGGAGAGGAAUAAAAGAUUUCUUUUAUUAUACUGUA